GUGCUUGUGUGUACCUACGCCUGACAACUGAGACGCACUCUCAUAUAUUGUAAACAAUCUUGAUUUACUUGAAUUAUUUAGAGCUUUGCAAAGCAAAACAACAACAACAAAGUGGGAAGAAAUUAGGUAUAGAAAAACAAAAUAAAGCUCAAAUAAAAACCAACAAACCACACCACUUAUCUGUAUUUAUGACAUUCACGGUACAUUUUACCAAUUAAACAACAAAUUCGUGACAGUCGGGUCGGGGCAAUUAAGCAAGGAAAUUAGUACUCAAAUCGGCGUUGUUUAACAUUUAUUACGACAACGUCAAUGAGGUUGAUAAGAUAACUGGCGGGAGUGCAGUUCUAAUAGUUUUGUUGCGGCAGGUACUCUCCUCGAAUGCGAAUCUCCUGCACACACAUUUACUGUGCCUGCUGUCAGUAUUGUGUUUGCCCAUUUGUCUCAGCUGCCAUUUGCAUUAUUUUCAAAUUCCAAUUGUAAACGAAGCUGAUAAGGUAACACACGUUCAACAGAAGGCGACUACAACGUUUUUCAAGCUAUCUUUGUGUUUCGUUCAGAGAUCCUAAAAAAGAAAAAUGCCGAAAAUCUAUUUCGUUGGUGUCGAUGUGGGGACAUCUUCGGCAAGAGCUGCACUGAUAACAUCCGACGGCAAAGUUCUCAAGCAGGCUACACGAAAUAUACGCAUUUGGAAUCCAGAACAUGAAUACUUCGAGCAAUCAUCCGACGAUAUUUGGCAAGCUGUUUGCUAUUGUGUUAAGGAUGUUACCAGUGAUGUGCCAAAAGAAGAAAUUGUAGCAAUAUCAUUUGAUGCUACAUGCUCCCUGGUGAUUUUGGGAGAAAACGGAGAAUCUCUCUCGGUGAGUAAAAAUCGUGAAGCGGAACAAAAUAUUAUUUUAUGGAUGGAUCAUAGAGCUCACGAGGAGACCGCCCAUAUAAAUGCCACAAAACAUGAUCUAUUGAAAUAUGUGGGCGGUCAGGUCUCAUUAGAAAUGGAAUUACCCAAAUUGCUAUGGCUCAAGAAUAAUUGUUUUAUGUCAACAUGGACGAAAAUUUGGAGAGCUUUCGAUUUGCCCGAUUUCUUGACGUGGCGCAGUACUGGCUGUGAUUCACGCUCAUUGUGCUCUGUUGUAUGCAAAUGGAACUAUGAUGCUGAGAAAAUGCAAUGGAAUCGAGAAUUUUUUCGAGAAAUCGGUCUAGAAGAAUUGCUCGAAAAUAAUGCCGAAAUAAUUGGAAGCUGCAUACAAGAGCCCGGCACACCAGUGGGUAGCGGUUUAACGGAAAAGGCUGCCUCCGAAAUGAGUUUAUUGCCAGGCACUAUUGUAGGCACCUCUCUAAUCGAUGCUCAUGCCGGAGCUUUGGGUAUGUUCGGUUGCAUAUCCAUGGAAUACAAAUGUGAGUUGGAGGGAAAAAUAGCUAUGAUAUGUGGCACUUCAACAUGUCACAUGAGCUUGACACGCGAGCCAUGUUGGGCCCAGGGCGUAUGGGGUCCAUAUCGCAGCGCCAUCAUUCCAGGUUAUUAUCUCAACGAGGGUGGACAAAGUGCAGCAGGUCUGUUGCUGGAUUAUGUCAUUAAAUGUCAUCCCCAAUAUAUGCACAUAAAAAUGAAAUUAGGCGAUACAGAACACAUAUAUUCUUAUCUUAAUCGAAGAGUUAAAGAAAUUGCUAAAGAAAAGGGUUUAGAUGAUGCUUGUUAUUUGACAAAAGAUAUACAUGUGUGGCCUGAUUUCCACGGUAAUCGAUCACCCAUAGCAGAUCCCAGCCUCAAGGGAAUGAUUUCAGGUGUCAACAUGAAUGUGGAUGAGGAAGCAUUGGCCAUACUAUAUUUGGCCUUUGUGCAAUCUUUAGCGUAUGGCACUCGUCAUAUUAUAGAGAAUUUGGUGAAGCAUCAGCGUGUUCCUGUGCAAACGCUACUCUUUUGUGGAGGUUUAUCGAAAAAUGCCUUGUAUGUGCAAAAUCAUGCCGAUAUAUGCCAGCUGCCUGCUCUUAUACCCGAUGAACAGGAAAUGGUUUUAGUCGGCGCCGCCAUGUUGGGCGCCUGCGCAGCUAAGGUCUAUGAAAAUUUGGAGGUGGCCUCCUCGGCCAUGGGUGGCAAUGGUAAAAUGUUGAAACCUCACUUUUCCACGAAAGACUAUCACGAACGUAAAUAUCAAGUUUUUCUAGAGAUGCUCAAUGACCAGCGUAAAUACAAGGAUAUAAUGAUGUAAACUUUGUUCUGAAUCAUCAAUAAACAUGUUAUGCUUUUA